AUGCUGCCCCCGUCCCGCACCCAGCUGGGGCUGUUCUUCAUCCUGCUCUGCCCCGCCAACAUCAUCGGGCUCUGGUGGGCAGUGGGCAGCCCCCUGGUCAUGGACCCCAACAGCAUCUGCCGGAAGACCAAGCGCCUGGCGGGGAAGCAGGCGGAACUGUGCCAAACGGAGCCAGACAUCAUCCAGGAGGUGGCCAAGGGCGCCAAGCUGGGCGUGCGGGAGUGCCAGUACCAGUUCCGCUUCCGCCGCUGGAACUGCACCAGCCACAGCAAGUACUUCGGCAAGAUCCUGCAGCAGGAUAUUCGGGAGACGGCUUUCGGUCUACGCCAUCACCGCAGCUGCGUGCGCCACGCCGUCACCCAGGCCUGCAGCAUGGGCGAGCUGCUGCAGUGCAGCUGCGAAUGGACGCGGAGCCGGGCACCCCGCUGCCCACGGCGCCCAGGCGCUGAGGGCUCCGCCUAGUGGGGGUUGGCUGCGGGGACGAUUGUGGACUUCGGCUACGAGAAGUCACGGCAGUUAUGGGACGAACGGAAGAGGCAGAGCGACAUCACCGCCCGCAUCGACCGGCACAAACAGGGCGGCAGACUUGCGGUGCGAAGCUACAUGCGGACGGAGUGCAAGUGUCAUGGCCUGUCGGGCUCCUGCACCCUGCAUACCUGCUGGAAGAAGAUGCCCCACUUCCGCGAGGUGGGCGAUCGCCUGCUGGAGCGGUUCAACGGGGCCUUCAAGGUGAUGGGGGCCAACGAUGGGAAGACACUGCUCCCCAUGGGCCGCAGCAUCAAGCCCCCCGACCGUCAGGAUCUUGUCUACUCAGCCGACUCGCCCGACUUCUGCACGGCCAAUCGCAAGACGGGCUCGCCAGGCACACGGGGCCGGGUGUGCAACAGCACCGCCCCGGACGUGAGAGGCUGCGACCUGCUGUGCUGAGGGCGCGGGCACCGGGCCGAGACUGUGGUGCUGGAGGAGAACUGCCUGUGCCGCUUCCACUGGUGCUGCGUGGUUCAGUGCCACAAGUGCCGUGUGCACCAGGAGCUCAGCCUCUGCCUGUGA